UUCCAGCAGGACUUCUCGGGCAACAUGUCGUGGGAGCAGGUGCAGGAGACGCGCGUGCACCACAUGAUGCGGGCUUGUACCUCCCUCAACCUCAACCAGACACUAGAUUAUGUGGUGUUGAAGCACAUCCUGGUCGAUACCCGCCACAAGGCUCUCAUGUGCUUCGUGCCCAAGGUAGCGUGUACGUCGUGGAAACGCGUGUGGUUCUGGCUGGCAGGUUUGUUGGAUGAAGACGACGACAUCAUGGCCCUAACUAGGGCGCAGGUUCACGGCCCCUUCCUCCCUAACUUGGCCAGCACAAUGUUUCCAGAUGCUCGCCGGGAAGAGAUGUUGAAGACAUACAAGAAGUUCCUGUUCACUCGCCACCCGCUGGACCGACUCAUCUCAGCGUACAGAGACAAGCUGGAGAACUACGACGAUGAGAGUAACUUUAACUUCCACAAGCACGUCGGUCAGGAGGUGGAGAGGAUGGAGCGAGGCAAGGUGACGGGUUCGGGCCACAACGUGACCUUCCCAGAGUUCGUGAGGUGGGUCACACCUCCCAAUGGUACUUGGACAGUGGCCCAGAAAAAUGAGCAUUGGCGACCCAUGGUAGAGCUGUGUGCCCCUUGUGCUGUACAGUACAACGCCGUCGGCAGGUACGAGAAUCUGCAGCAAGAGAUGAACGCUUCCUUGCACUGGCUUAAGGCUGGUGUGUUUGCUGACAGGUUUCCCUCAUCAGACCGACCCUUCCACGCGGCUGAGCUCCGCCAAGAGUACCUGCAGCGCCUCACCUCUGAGGACAAGUUACGCUUCCUUCGGACAUAUCUACUCGACUUUCUCCUUUUUGGAUAUGACAUGCCUUAACGGAACAUGUCUUGCGUGUAACAACGUAUUACUACUUCCUUGUAUGUUAAAGCUAAUUUUCAUCUUUUAACUUGAUGUUUUGUACAUUUCAUCAUGCUAUAAUUUACGUUAAUGGUUUUCAGUUCAUGUGAACUAAUUCUUCUCGAGGAAAAGGUAAAUUCAUUAUGUACAUUUACGUAAGCGCCUUUUAACCUUUCUUUUUAAACAUAACUGCUUUUAAUUAAUAUUAUCUUUAGUUGUUAAACUGACUAUUUAAGAUUUUCUGUCGUUUGUAACAAGAUCAUUUUUAAUUAAAAUAAUCACAAGAUCGAUAUGCAUCGUGUUCAGUAAUAACGUAAACGUCUCUCGUCUUCACAAGACCGCCUUUUGUCUCAGCCUUAUAUGAUCGUUUGUAUAUUUAACUUAAUCAUAGAUUUCAGUAUCACAUUGCCUGUUACUCUCUGGGUUGGUUGUGAUGUAACCAGAAUAACUGUCUUGUGCUUCUCCGCACACAGUAUACUGUCACAUUAACAUUCUCGAGGAAAUGUACUUUGUUACAUUUUCCCUCCUACUCAGGCUUAAAAAUGUUUACCCAUCAUGGAAAGCAAUAACUUUUUAAAGCUAAUUAGUAUAUGAAAUACGGCAAGAAAAGGAUGAAGUUAUAAAUGUCGGGUUGUGUUGGAGUAUGUGGUGUUAGGUGUGUAGGAAGAAUAUUUCUCAACACAGUCUUUGAAACACAGGAAAGAAAUGAUAUAUUCCGAGCUCCUUGAGAUAUUACCAAUCUAAGAUGCUUUCGUUUUUAUGUUGCUAUAUAAGUGAUAAUCAAUAUAAAUAUAUUAUUUCUUUAUCAAUACCCACACUUUUGUAAAGAGAGCUUAACUAAUUCACUAUACGUGUAUAUAAUGUGUCGAUAUUGCUUAUAUGGUAUGGACAUAAAAAUCACUGAUAAACCAUACCACGGGUGGGGAUAGAACCCGCGAUCAGAGAGUCUCAAAACUCCAGACUCACCCGUGGUAUGGUUUGUUUGCAAUCGUGUCAUUACGAUUUCGUGAGUCAAAUCACUGAUAUUAAGCUCUUACGGUGUUGUUAGCUCGCGACCUGAACACAAGGGUUAUUAAAACUUAUUCCAUCAAGCUGUCACAACUCAGUUAUUGGUUUCAUAUGUUAUCGCUUUCGAACGCAAAAAAAAAAAAUGGUAAAGGACAUGCUAGAUAUUCUAAUAUAAGAAAUCUUCUGACUUUGCCUCAGUGAGGCCCUAUAGCACUCCAGACCUUAAAAAUAUAGAAAAUAAUUCAGUUAUGUAUAGUGGAUAGAAUAACCAAAAACAAACUAGCUGGGCUGUUAAAAAAAAAUAAAAAAAAAAACGGAAAAAUCGGGUGCGGAGGCAGAAUAAUUCCUGGUGCCCGCCUUCCCUGGCGUGUGGGAGUAAUUUUGCCGCUGGAUGAUCAAACAUGAUGUGACGAUAAUCGUGGAAAUGAAGAUACUUCGAGCCUGAGCCAUAAAGUUAGGCAUUAGGGAAUUAGGAAUUUGUAUUUCAAUGCAUUUAGCAGCUCAAUUACUUUAAAAUCAUGUACAAUAACGCACAAUAUAAAUUAUUAAGCUUUAGGCCAUAGUUUGUAAUCAUGACGCUACCAGAAGAAUUUACCAGCAUCUCAUUACGCAGGUUAUAGAGAUGAACUCUACCCAAAACUCUUUCCGAUAAACUAGGAUAUCACCCUAAUAUGUAAAUAUGGAGAACUUUAGAAUAACUCUAGAUAUGCUUCAUAUAUUCUAGAACCACUGAUUAUGUCUCUAAUAGAGAUAAAAUAAAUGAAUAGUAAAUUAAUGUUUGCCUGAAUAAGGAUGGGAAUGAUCACGGAAGUAAAACUUACUCUGUUAUUAGCACAUUAAACUCUCUCGUAAAACAAUGACACAGAUGUGAUCCUUAAUUUUUAUCUGAGUGGACCGGUAAGACAUUGGACCGAAGUUCCAGUUAGCCUAUCAUCUUAUGACCUGUCAAGUUUUCAGACAAAUGAUAUAUAACCACCAUCAUCUCGGUAUUAGAUUGAAAAAGUUCCCUAAGGAAAACGACUCCUCAGUUAUAUCCUAGUACUAAACAUGUCUUAUUUCACACUGUGGUAUCUGAGGGCAUCUCUUAUCUAGGACCUAAUAUAAAUCUUACCCAUCCUAACUAUCUAUAUUGAAGGCAUGGCUUGUUUUCGUCGACAUGAAUAGUAAGAAUAUAACCAAGAAUUAUUUUCCCUUUUGUGCUCUUAUUUAUAACUCUUAUCUAUACCUUUUAUUUAAUGAUUUUGGCUCUUAAUUACUGCAUAGUACAACAAUACGUAGACGUAACCUAGCAAGGUGGAAAAUACAGUUUUAUUGCUUAGUAAAAGCAUUGUAGAAUUGAUGACUUACACUGGAAUACGGAGUUGCAUAUUUUCUAUCAUAUUCCAUACGAAGAUCUCCAUGCAUGGAGUUAAGUAUGUGGUAUUGAAUUACUGAUAGACAUGCAUCCCAUAUAUGCCUCAAUUCAAGUUAUCGCAUUUCCGGUCCAACACUUCCCUACUGUGUAUUAUUAUUAUUAUUAUUAUUAUUAUUAUUAUUAUUAUUAUUAUUAUUAUUUUUAUUAUUAUGUGAGCAAAUCACCUUCAGGAGGCAUGCAGGGCAUUACCUGAAUUAUUACUUGCAAGUAAUUUGGGUGAGGUAAGUGGGCCUUAGGUCACAGCAAGUAGCCUAACUGUAACUCCCUCGAUGUCCCCUCCCUACCACUCUCACAAAAUGCUAGACCUGACAUUAAAUGUCAGGCUUCCUGGGUACACGAAAGAAAUUGAUAUUAACACUUACCAUUUAAUUACUGGGAGACACUUAAUGCUGAUGGAACACACCCUAACAUUACCCUAACAGCUAGGAUUUAUGAUGCCCAAUGCCAAAAACUACUGUACAUUAUGGGUAAGCGUCACUUAGCUAAGGUGCAUUGUUGAGAAGGAUUCAUUGAAGUCCUCUAUUUUUUCGUCCUGGUUGCCGAAUUGUAAGGGUUUUCCACACUAUCCCAAUUCUUCAGCAGGAAGGUGUCAGUAAUUUCUAAAUUACGAAUUGAGGCCGAUAUACACGAAAUGACCUUCGAGAAUGCCUGAUUGCAUUGCACGAUUCGGUCCAGUGUUCGCACAUUAAAUUCAAUAUGGCGUCUGUCUCCGGCAUCACCCUGCAGCUGUUCUACACUCCCCUCACUCGAAAUUUCUCGAAUGGGUCAAAUCAGCAUCAUAUUUUAUUACACAGUUAUUAUAUUAUUCAUUUAUGUUCUACAUUUAGAAAAUUAUGUAAAAAAUCCACACCUAUGAAUACUCAUAAUGAAUAAGAUGUGAGAUGGACUUUAUUUUGUUGGUUAUAUUAAAUAUAAGAAACAAAACUGAAGGUGUAAUGCAAGUCCCAUUAUGCCGUAAGAAAAAACAAGUAAAGUUUAGAAGAAAAAGCUGCUCUCAUAUCUCAGUUUGGUUGUGUUUUACUAAGGAAAAUAGUGAACUUUGAUUUAUUAUUGCAUUUCUGCGCUGGAACUUUUAUCAUUAAUGAAAAUGAAGCCUGUCCAUUGUCCAUGAAGGAAGGAGUGUAAGAGAAAACAUCUGUGAGAAUUAUCCAAGUCUCUCAUCUCCAUAAAUUUGUCUUGUAGAGUAGUAUGGAAACUUAGUGUAUCCCUUGGAUAAGAUGUAGUGGACAGUUUAACUUCUCGUGUACAAUUUAAUAAUAAUCACAGGUUGAAAAAUUUAUUAUUUCUUUCACAUUUCUGAAAAAUUCGUCAUUUAAGAUGAAGAGCAUUUAGCUGAAUACUCCAGCAGCCUUAUCUAGUACUAUAGCUUACAUGAGGCUUGAAGAUCCUUCCGAUCGCUGGCGGCCUUAACGGGUUCCCUAGGUUAUCACUACUGCCAUGGUUGCCUAUAUUGUUUAGGUUAGGGCGAAGCUAUGGCUUCUGCUGCUGUUGCUGCCAAACACUGUGCCUCUAGCAGGGACCAGGAGGCUACGCUGUGCAGCGAAAUAUUGGGAUGAUUACGUAGGGUUUUGACCUUAUUUUGCCUCUGAGAUGUGCUUAUCUUUGCUCCUUAUAUUUAAAAUAAAUUUCCUCUUUAAUAAUAAAAUAUAUAUGUAAUUUAAUCAGCUUGCACUAAAAAAAUCUUAUUUAUUGUCGGCGUAUUAAUCUUCACUUUAUAAUAAGAAUGUUGACAUUAUCAGCAUCUCUUGAAAGCAUUUACGAUUCGAUAUUUUAAGACCACAUGAGAUGGCGCGUUACAGAGGACAUUAACAGCAUUAUAGUGAUGUAAUGAUUGAAGACUGAAUAAGAAACCUUGUUGAGAUGCAUAAUGGGAGACAUUCGUUAUGUGGAUGGCAGACAGUGGCCUGACUGGUUCCCUAUAUGUACAUUAUACAGUAGGUAAAUAUGUUAUAUGGACGGCAGACAGUGGUUUUAAUGUUUCUUUUUAUGGCCAAUAUGAAGUAACUGAGUAUAUCAUUACAUAGACAGUAGACAGUAGCUAAAUGUCUCCACGAUCUCUUGAUCCAAGGAUCUGGAUUUAUCGUCCCCUUCCAUGGAUUGAACUUGAAUUCCUGUAAUUUCCCAAGCAGUAUUUGACUCCUAAGGGUUUAAUGUUUUCCCAAACUAAAACAAAUAAAAAUACAUUUUGGACAGCUAGUGCACUGAUUAACUUCUUUUAUGGGAGACAGUGAACAGACUGUUGUGUUUUUUAUAUUACUGCGCAAAAUGGCUGAAUAUUUCUAUAUGGAUGAUAGAAAGUGGCUCAUUAUCUCCUUAUAUAGAUGGAAUACAUUGCCUCAAUGUUUCCUUAUAUGGAAGGCAGAGAUUGGCUGUAUUUAUCUUCCUAUAAAGAUGGUAACCAGUGCCUGAUGUUUCUUUUAACUGACUGAAGGUUGUGUAAGAAUGGUAUAUAAUACCGAUAAGAUGAAAUUAAGACACAUGUGCAACAUCUGGGUAUCUUUAUUGUAGACGUUUCGCCAUCCAGUGGCUUUAUCAAUACAAAUUCUAGGACAUAACUUGA